CGGAAUGGUUUACACGCGCACUUGUCCGUCUGGCUAAUGUGUCCCCCCUCUCGGAGGUUAGUGGAAGUAUUGUACUGUAUGUGAGAUUUUUGAAUGGUUUUAGGAUUGAUUAAGAUUGAUUAUCUUAUUUAUAUAUAUAUGUUGAUUUAUUAUAUUAUUUAUAUACAUAUAUAUAUAUGUGUUGACAUGUUAAUUUAACGAGAAAAAAAUAUACUACGAACUUGACUGACUAAUCUUCUGCCAGAUCUACUGAGAAAUGGAUGAUGACGUUCUCGACAAUGCGUUUGCUGAGCUCAAGACAAGAGACCUCCGAUUUUGGGAUGUUGCUCAGAUUGCUGCUGGAACUGGUCUCGCUGUUUACGCUAUGUGGGUCGCAGUCCUCCAGCCAGGCUUCCGAAAAGUCCCAUUGAGGUUACAGGUACCGUACAUACCUGCCAGCGGAGCUCAAGUGCACAAUGUCAUGACAUUGCUAAGAGGUCGAAAGGGGGUCCUUGUGGAUUUAGGAUCUGGCGACGGUCGCAUUGUCUUGGAAGCAUACCGACAAGGCUUCACUUCUGCUGUUGGCUAUGAGCUCAACCCCUGGCUGGUUAGCUUAGCUCGCUUCCAUGCGUGGAGAGCAGGUCAUCAUGGCAGCGUGUCCUACCGAAGAGAAGAUUUAUGGAAGGUGGAUUUGACAGAAUGCAAGAAUAUUACUGUGUUUUUAGCUCCUAGUGUGCUUUCGCCUCUGCAGAAGAAGAUGGAGGCUGAGCUUCCUGAUGAUGCCUUGGUGGUAGCCGGCCGUUUCCCCAUCCCUGACUGGACCCCAUGCAGAACUGAGGGACAUGGUGUGGACAAAGCCUGGGCAUACAACAUGCAAGCACAAAGACGGCACUCUCCAACUAAAAAAGGUCCACAGAUGGGGAACCUUGACAACGUAUAAGACACUGCUUGAUUGAUCAUAGUAGGUUGCUCUCCAGAAGGACACAACAGAAAUAUAUUGUAUGAUGUAAAUGUUGGUAUUUUAGGGACUUUUAACUGACUGAAUGGAUUGUUGGUAAAUCCACGUGUCUUACAAGGUCACUCUGUCUGAAACAACGUAAGUGUCAUCAUAUUGUAGUGUCCAAUGUAUGGACAAAUGCUUUCAUGAGUCCUUUUUGAGCCAUUUCUCUGAAAAAAUAAAUUAUUCGCAGUUUUACGCCAAGAUUAUCCAUAUAUUUUUUUUUUUUACAGUAGGUGCAACUCAGAGGGAGUGGUGAGCACGUCUGCCUCACAGUUCUGAAGGUUCAGGGUCGAAUCUCGGCUCCGUCCUUCCUGUGUCAAUCUUCUCCCAGUGCUUGCGUGGAUUUUCUCUCUGUACUUGAGGUGACUAAGAUUGUGAAUGGUUGUUAGUCUAUAUGCAACAUAUUGACUGGUGACCAGUCCUGGGUGUAUGCCGCCUCUCACCUCAUGAAUCACCUUGGAUGAAGUCAAGCUCAUUCGCAACAAAUGCUGUAGAAAAUUGUAGAGGUGGCAACAGGAGUCACUCUGUACUGAAGUAGAAGUACAGAUACUUGUAUAAAAAAGGACUUUGGUAAAAGUAGAAGUACUGAUUUAACUCAAGUAAAUAAUCCAUCCAUCCAUUUUCUGAGCCGCUUCUCCUCACUAGGGUCACGGGCGUGCUGGAGCCUAUCCCAGCUAUCAUCGGGCAGGAGGCGGGGUACACCCUGAACUGGUUGCCAGCCAAUCGCAGGGCACAUACAAACAACCAACCAUUUGCACUCACAGUCACACCUACGGGCAAUUUAGAGUUGUCAAUUAACCUACCAUGCAUGUUUUGGGAUGUGGGAGGAAACCAGAGUGCCCGGCGAAAACCCACGCAAGCACGGGGAGAACAUGCAAACGCCACACAGGCGGGGCCGGGGAUUGAACCCAGGUCCUCAGAACUGAGGCAGACGCUCUAACCAGUUGAUCACCAUGCCGCUCAAGUAAAUAAGAAAAGAUAAAAAAGUAAAACCAAGGGUUUUUUUCAUGAUUGUUAAAACUGUCAGCAUGACCUGACAGUAGUACAUGAGUGAAAUGAGCUGUGAAAAAAAAAUCAUCCCUCUUUCCCCCCCAUCUUGUUUGUACCUCUAAUUAGAUGUUUAAGAAACCAUCAAGCCCAAGAAAAACGACCAAUCAGAGAUAGAAGGCGUGACUGAUGAGGUGCCAAUCAUUUCCCAUGCACUUGUGGGCAUUCUCAUAGUGGGCACACCCCGCAGCCUUGUGCUGAUAAUGCAACAAUACUUGUUUGUAGUGAUGGUGAGAUGAAGAGCCAUGAGGCAUCGAUACUUUCAUUCAACUGUGCCGGCACAUGUACCGACACAUCAUUCUGAAUCAUUUACUCUAUGGCGCCAUCAAGAGGUCAAUAAAAUGUACUACAAUCGAAUUGCCACCUACAAAAUAAGUGAUAGGACCACAGUGAAACACAGUAUUAGAAAUAGGAAUGCACUUUUGUUACUUGUAGUAGUGCUUGUAAUUAAAUAAAGUGAAUUAAAAGCCCAA